AGGUCACAUUCCACAUUCACAUCACAAAAAUAUUCUAAGAAUUUUCGAAAUAUUACUAAAAUAGUUUUUGUUACAAAUAUCGAAGAUGAUGUUAAGCAGUUGCCUUGCGAAAUCGUUGAACAAGAACCUGAAGUUUAUCCAAGGAGUGCGUUACAUGUUGGCUUUGAGACAUGCGGGUUCUACCAAAAAUGUCUUGGGAAGACUAUUGUCAAGAGGUGCUUUGAAUACCAGUCAGCAGACUCGACACUUUGCCCUUAAAUGCGAGGAAGGCAGCGUGGUCAAGGGCGUUGUGGUGGGCGUGUAUUCCAAGGAGGGCGACAAGGAUCCCAAGCUGACGUCCAGUGGUGAGAAGUUCGAUGAUCGGGCUCAGGGCAAAAUAUCGGAGCUGGUGCGCGAGACGGGCAUGAGGGGUGAUCUCGGCAAGGGACUUGUCUUUAUGAAUGUGGACGCAGAGUUCAGUUCCGUUGCUGUGGUGGGUCUGGGUCAGGAGGGUGCCGGCUUCAAUGACCUGGAAAUGAUUGACGAGGGCAUGGAGAAUGCGCGAGUUGCCGCUGGAGUUGGAGCUCGAGCACUGCAAAUGCAGGGCGUAACCGAUGUGUUUGUGGACUCCAUGGAGUAUCCGGAACAGGCGGCCGAGGGCAGCGCCUUGGCCAUUUGGCGGUAUAAUAGCAAUCGGCGUAAGCAGGAUCGCACGCUUAUACCCAAACUGGAGCUGUAUGAUUCACCCGAGGUGGAUGCCUGGACGCGUGGUCUCUUCAAGGCCGAGUCACAGAAUUUGGCCAGACGCUUGUGUGAUACGCCGGCCAAUCAAAUGACUCCCACCAUAUUCGCACAGUCCACUGUGGAUGCACUGUGUCCAUGUGGCGUGAGUGUGGAGAUACGAUCCAUGGACUGGAUCGAGGAGAAUCGUCUGAACUCAUUUCUAAUGGUCGCCAAGGGCAGCUGUGAGCCGCCCGUCGUGCUGGAGGUCAACUACUGUGGCACUGCACCCGAGGACAAGCCCAUCCUGCUGCUCGGCAAGGGAUUAACCUACAACAGCGGCGGCCUGUGCCUCCGUCCCAAGGACUGCAUGCACAUGUAUCGCGGCUGCAUGGCCGGAGCAGCCGCCUGUGUGGCCACCAUUCGGGCAGCGGCUGCUCUGUCGCUGCCACUGAAUGUGAGCGCGGUGCUGCCGCUCUGCGAGAAUAUGCCAUCUGGGAUGGCCGUUAAGCCGGGCGAUGUGGUCACCCUGCUCAAUGGCAAGACACUGGGCAUUGUGGAUGUGAGCAAGGCGGGCACAGUGGUCAUGGCGGAUCCCCUGCUCUAUGCCCAAAGCAGCUUCAAGCCUCGCCUCAUCCUGGACGUGGCCACAUUGGGUUACGGCGUCUGCUCUGGCCUUGGAGGCAGUGCGGCGGGCAUCUUUAGUAAUUCAAAUUUCGUCUACAAGCAGUUUGAAAAGGCUGGCGGUCUAACUGGCGAUCGCGUCUGGCGUUUGCCCCUUUGGAAUUACUUCAAGCAACUGGUCACGCCCAAUCUGACAUUUGACAUUAGCAAUCGUGGCCGUGGUCCUGCCUCCAGUUGCAUUGCAGCUGCCGUGCUCCAUGAGCUGGUGCCAUGCGUGGACUGGGCCCACAUUGAUAUCCGCAACGUGGGCAUGAUGACUCGCCACAAUCCAUUGCCCUAUUUGCUCAAGGAUCGCAUGACGGGACGUCCCACCCGCACAAUCAUCCAGUUCCUCUACCAGAUGGCCUGUCCCGACAACAAGUAGAUGUUCCUAGUGUUUUUCUUUUUUAACUUUAUGACUUUCUGUCGAUUCCGUUUCACAAUCGACUUUAUAUUUUAUUUUCUGCGCACUCCUGUGGACUUCCAAAUUUAAUUGUUAUUUGAAUUGUUCCAGACGGUGGGGGAUGACCCGCCAGUAGUCAAAAUUCAAAUUUUAAACUAUUCACACACACGUACUGUAAUAAUCGCUAUUAGUUAUUAUGACUACAGACAUACUUAUGAAUAUUAGAACAGAAUUAAAUGAAAUGUAAGUGAAGUAA